AUGUCAAAUCUACCACCAUUGGACAACUUUGAUUGUGAUGGUGAUCCCUCUGGCGUAGGCCUAAAAUGGGAGAAAUGGAAGCGUGGGUUAAAUAUCUAUUUGGAGGCAGCCAAUAUCGAUAAACCAGAGAAGAAACGAGCUACGCUACUACACAUGGGUGGUCUCUCUUUACAAGAGAUAUAUUACAACGUACCUGGCGCCCAUGUAGAGAGCAACGAAGACCCAAACACCGAUAUCUACCAGAUUGCCGUAAGCAAACUAGAUGAAUAUUUCGCCCCCAAACAAAGUAGGGUCUACGAAAGGCAUGUUUUCAGACUGAUGAAACAAGAAGGAGGUGAAAAGUUCGAGAAAUUUCUCAUCAGAUUGCGCAAGCAAGCCGACCGAUGCAAGUUUGCUAACAAGGAUGAAAGCCUUAUCGACCAAAUUACCGAAAAAUGUGCGUCGGUUGAGUUGAGAAAGAAAAUACUGCAAGUCGGUGAUAGUGUCACACUUGAUUCCAUUAUCCAUGACGCCAACACUCUUGAAAGCGUCUCUCGUCAACUGGAUGAAUUUGGCAACAAGAAUUCUGAGGUAACAAUUAACAAAAUCCAUGCAAGGAAAAGUACCUUCAACCAUUCUGCUUCUGGGAGGAGCAAUGACAAAAGGAGAUGCAUUCGAUGUGGCAACGAUCACCUUGGAAAGUCAUGUCCAGCCAUAGGAGUGAAAUGUAAUAAAUGCGGAAAAAAGGGCCACUACGCGAAGUGUUGCUUGUCAGGAAAACCUUUCAAGCGCAGUAACCCAGAUUCUCACAAAUUGAACGUGCCUGCAAAAAAAUCCCGUCAUUCGGAAACAAAUAACGAAGAGAUUGAUUAUGUGUUCCAUUUGGGUGACGACACAAACAUUAAAUGCAUUCUAGGGGGAAUAGAAGCAAACCUAUUGAUCGAUUCGGGAAGUAAGUGCAAUCUCAUUACGGACAAAACCUGGAAUCAACUGAAAAGCCAGAAAAUCAACGUGCACGACCAAGUGAAGUCACCAGACAAGGUAUUUCUGGCAUACGGCAGUAACCAACCACUGGUCGUCCUUGGGUCAUUCAAAACAACGAUCAGGAUUUAUGAUAAAAAUGAAGUAGCUACAUUCUUCGUGAUCAAAGAUGGCACCAAAGAUCUUCUUGGAAAAGUCACAGCAAUGGCACUUGGAGUAUUGCAUAUUGGAUUAAAAGUGCAGGAUGUGCUACACACAGCUGAAACAGCUAUACCGUUUCCAAAAUUUAAAAACGUGCUCAUUGAGAUUCCAAUCGAUACGACUGUCAAGCCAGUUGUCCAACCUUACAGGAGGGUUCCUAUACCCUUAGAACAAAAGAUAAAUGACAAAUUAAACCAUCUCGUACAAGCAGAGAUCAUAGAAAAGGUUGAAGAACCAUCCAAGUGGGUUUCACCUAUGGUACCGGUUCUCAAAGAGAACGGCGAAGUUCGAAUCUGCAUCGACAUGCGACGCGCAAAUACUGCAAUCGAUCGAGAAAACCAUCCUUUACCAACAAUGGAUCAGCUACUGCCAAAUUUCAGGAAAGCGAAACUCUUUUCUCGACUUGAUAUAAAGGAUGCUUUUCAUCAACUUGAGAUACAUCCAGAUUCGCGUUAUAUUACGACAUUCAUUACCAGUAAAGGACUGUUCAGAUACAAACGGCUCAUGUUCGGAAUUUCUUGUGCACCAGAGAUAUUCCAAAAGACUUUAGAACGGAUACUAGCUGGGUGUGAAGGAACAGUAAACUUCAUAGAUGAUAUUGUUAUUUUCGGAUCUGAUGACAUAGAACACGAUAAAAGACUUCAACAGACUCUGAAAGUCCUGGACGACAACGGUGUCUUACUAAACCAGAAGAAAUGUCUCUACAAGAUAAAGUCAAUUCAAUUCCUUGGACACACGCUCUCUCCAAAUGGUGUGAAACCUUUGGCCAAAUACGUGACGUCAAUACAAGAAUUCAGGGCACCUUCUACCUUAGAAGAGUUACAGAGCUUCUUGGGACUUGUUAACUUUGUGGGAAAGUGGAUAGCAAAUUUAGCAACAUUUACAGAACCCCUAAGGAAACUUCUGCGGCUAAAACUAGGUAAAAAUGCCAAUAUUACCAAUAUAUGGACCGAGGAACAGAACAAGGCUUUUAACGAACUGAAGUCGUGCCUGAGCAAUAUAAAGACCUUGGGAUACUAUGACCCAGCCGAUAAAACCCAAGUAAUUGCCGAUGCAAGUCCAGUGGGUCUCGGAGCAGUCCUCAUUCAAACUGACUCUAGUGGAAGCAGAAUCGUAGCCUACGGAAAUAAAAGUUUGAGUGAUUGUGAGAAACGAUAUUGUCAGACUGAGAAAGAAGCAUUAGCAUUGGUGUGGGCAGUUGAACAUUUCAACAUAUAUUUGUAUGGCAAGGAGUUUGAGCUAGUAAGCGAUCACAAACCUCUAGAAGUCAUAUUUGGCAAACACUCCAAACCGUGUGCUCGCAUCGAAAGAUGGGUUUUGCGACUUCAGUCGUAUAAAUAUAAAAUAAUAUACAAACCAGGGAAAAGUAACAUUGCAGAUCCUUUAUCCAGGUUAUGUGUCGGUAACAAGGAAGAAAAGUUCGACAUUACUAAUCAUGUAAAUCAGAUUGUCGAAUAUGCAAGACCUGUAGCAGUACCACUUAAGGAUAUCGAGAGAUUCUCUGAGAAUGAUGACGAGAUAACAAAAGUGAAACAAGGUUUAUAUCAACAAAGUUGGGAUCCUUCUGUAAGCAGUUUCAAAAUAUUUGAAACCGAACUUUGUUUCCAAGAUAAUGUAUUAUUGAGAGGUAAUAAGAUCGUUAUCCCAACAAAACUCCGUCAGCGAGUAUUGGAAGCUGCGCAUGAAGGACAUCCGGGUAUUGUGGCCAUGAAAAAUCGAUUACGCACGAAAGUUUGGUGGCCUAAAAUGGAUAAAGAAGCUGAACAAUUAGUAAAGCAUUGCAAAGGGUGUACUUUAGUAUCAGCUCCCAAUCCACCAAAUCCAAUGAAGAGACGAGAACUACCUGUAGAACCAUGGGUCGACAUAGCCAUGGACUUAAUGGGCCCCUUACCAUCCGGAGAAUAUAUUUUUGUGGUGAUUGAUUACUACAGUCGCUACAAGGAGGUCAAAACUUCAAGGAACAUCACUUCAGCUGAAAUAAUCAAAAUGCUAAAAGAGAUGUUUUCUAGGUUAGGGUUUCCUAGAAGCAUUACCGCAGAUAACGGAAAGCAAUUCACUAGUGAAGAAUUUAAGACUUACCUUCAGGAAUGUGGUAUCACCCUUUACAGCACCAUACCAUACUGGCCCCAGCAAAAUGGAGAAGUGGAGCGACAAAACCGGAGCAUUUUGAAAAGAAUCAAAAUAAGCCAACUUGAGCGGAGAAAUUGGAAGGAAGAACUUUUUAACUACUUAAUGAUGUACAACAGUACACCUAACACAACAACGGGUAAGACACCAUCUGAACUCUUUUACAGAAGACAAUUUAGAGACAAAAUACCUUGCGUGGCUGACAUAGCGAACAAGCAAAGUAUAGACGACUCGGAAGUUAGAGAUAAGGAUAAAAAGCAAAAAGAACUUGGCAGAAUCUACAGUGACCAUAAAAGGAAAGCGACAGAACACACAUUGGCGGAAGGUGAUAAGGUGUAUGUCAAAACCCUGGUAAAAGAAAACAAACUAACACCUAAUUUUUCCCCAGCUUCUCACACUGUAACUAGGGCAAAGAGUAAUACCGGUGAUGUUGAAAUACGUAAUGACUUAACAGGUCAGCAAUACCGAAGGAAUGUAGUACAUUUGAAAAAGGUAGAGGGACAGUGGAAGAGUGUGAAUAGAGAUGAAAACGAUACCAUUAAUGAAGAAGUAGAUGAAGAAAAAGCAAUGAAUAAAUAA